UACUAGCACAAUCGACCAGCAAAUGUUAUGCAGAGCCUGAACAUCAACAUGGCAGAAUUACCGGGCCUCUUCACCAUCUGUUUUUUAGGAUAUCUACUCAGUGCUCAAUGUGCAGUUUUUAUUGACCAUAAAAAUGCCAGCAAAAUUCUAAAUCGGCCAAAAAGGUACAAUUCAGGUAAAUUGGAAGAAUUUGUUCAAGGUAACCUUGAGAGAGAGUGUAUGGAAGAAAAGUGCAGUUUUGAAGAGGCACGAGAAGUUUUUGAAAACACUGAAAAAACUACUGAAUUUUGGAAGCAAUAUGUUGAUGGAGAUCAGUGUGAAUCCAGCCCAUGUCUAAAUGGUGGCCUGUGUAAGGAUGACAUAAAUUCCUAUGAAUGUUGGUGUCGAAGCGGAUAUGAAGGAAGAAACUGUGAAUUACAUGAAUCAUGCAGCAUUAAGAACGGCAAGUGCAAGCAGUUUUGUAAAAAGAGCACCCCGAGCAAGGUGAAUUGCUCCUGUACGACAGGAUACCAACUUGCAGAAGAUGGAAAGUCCUGUGUACCAGCAGUGCCAUUUCCAUGUGGGAGAGUUUCUGUUCCUGAAACUUCUAGGAAGCUUACCAGAACUUUUGAUUUCUUUUCCAAUAUGGACUAUGAUAAUUCUACGGACUAUGAAGGAACGUCGGAUAAUGUCACAGAAAGCCUGCCAUAUAGUGACUACACUAGAGUUGUUGGUGGAGAAAGCGCCCUACCAGGUCAAUUUCCUUGGCAGGUUCUUUUGAAGGGUGACGUCGAAGCCUUCUGUGGAGGUUCCAUCAUUAAUGAAAAGUGGGUCGUAACUGCAGCACAUUGCAUCGAACCUAAUGUCAAAAUUACUGUGGUUGCAGGUGAACAUAACACCGAGAAGAUAGAAAAUACAGAGCAAACACGAAACGUGAUUCGAGCUAUUCCUCACCACAGCUACAAUGCAACGAUUAAUAAGUACAGCCAUGAUAUUGCCCUUCUGGAAUUGGACAAACCUUUAAUAUUCAACAGCUAUGUAACACCUGUUUGCGUUGCUGACAAAGAGUACACCAACAUCUUCCUCAAGUUUGGAUAUGGCUACGUGAGUGGCUGGGGGAAAGUUUUCCACAAAGGAAGAUCAGCAACUGUUCUUCAGUAUCUUAAAGUCCCACUUGUCGACCGUGCCACAUGCCUUAGGUCCACCAAGUUCACCAUUUUUAAUAACAUGUUCUGUGCUGGAUACCAUGAGGGAGGUAAAGAUUCGUGCCAAGGAGAUAGUGGGGGACCCCAUGUUACUGAGGUGGAAGGCACCAGUUUCUUAACAGGUAUUAUUAGCUGGGGUGAAGAGUGUGCACUGAAAGGAAAAUAUGGUAUAUAUACUAAAGUAUCUCGCUAUGUCAACUGGAUUAAGGAAAAAACAAAACUCACUUAAAGAAGAGUGUAUUUCCAAGGUUGAAAUAAGAAAUUCAUUGGGUCCCUUAUUAA